AUGCCAGAUACGCGUCGUCCAGACAACUCCAGUCAAAUGAUCCAAGCGAGGCAGGACGGGCUGACGAUACUCGGGUUCACCGGGGUUGUGUUGCUCUACGUCCAGCUCUUGGAAACCGCCGUGGGCCUCAGGAUGGUCAAUGUCCGCCUCGCAAAUCACACCUCUCGCCACGGCACGCUGCAGAGAGCGUUGACCCCAUUCAAUCGGUCAGCGACAAAAGACUCCAGGAUUGGAGGGUUGAAGUUAAAACGACUUGAAGUUGCUCGAUGGCCGGGACAGUUCCACGGCAAGCCCAGAGGAAGUGGUCAUGAUGGAGUCGCCACGGUCAGGCCAGGUAUCCCGACAUGUCCCGACUGGGCUCGUUAUCGAGAUGAGCCGGAAGGGCUCUGGGUCGCUCCGCUAGGUACUGCUCGCGCUCGUUUCUACCACCCAGGGGCGGUGUCUCCAUUCGCGGACGUAUCUAAUCCUGUCCGUCUCGCCCUGGUUCAGACGUCGAGCACAGAUAGCUACAACCACCCUUUCGGCCGGAGGGCUGAGAGGACCGUUGGUUGGAGCCGGAUUCAUCACCGCGUCAGCGAGCUGGCCUCUCGAGGAGGCGAUGAUCAACCACACAACUGCGUUCAUGUGGUCAUUGUGGCUAGGAGUUUGGGUAUUUUGAGCAUUGGUCUUGUUUAUGUCAUUCUCAUCAUCGUUAAGAGAAUGGGUGGGAUGGGCCGACAUGAUUGCUGUGUCUGUCAGCAAGAAGCAACAUUGGAGAUAUGA